CUCUCUCUCUUUCCCUCCCGGGGCCGUGGCCGGGCGGUGGCGGUGGCGGCGGCCCCGGGCGCGCGCAGCUUGAUGGCCGCCCCCGUGGGCCGCGCCGCAGUGCCCCGCGGUGGAGGACCUGUGUGCUCCUGAUCAGAGUUACUCUGAUCGGAAGAAUUUGGUGUUUAAAGCAUUAAGAUAAUAGCCUGAGUUGUUCAUGGAAGAAGAACACUGAGUGCUGUUAGUGACUCUACUGGCUCUUCUCCGCAUGUGGAGUUAGAGUAGACCCAGCAGACAGGACCAGAGAAUCCUGGCCUCAGACCUGUUUUCUUAAAUCAUGGAGCUGACUUAUUUGUCAUUGUUGCCUGUAAUUCCCGGGAAGCACAGGAGUUUUUCAUCAGUAUGUCUGAAACCAUUAAAUAUAAUGAUGAUGAUCAUAAAACUCUGUUUCUGAAAACACUAAAUGAACAACGCCUGGAAGGAGAAUUUUGCGAUAUCGCUAUUGUGGUUGAAGAUGUCAAGUUCAGAGCACACAGAUGUGUUCUUGCUGCCUGCAGCACCUACUUUAAAAAGCUUUUCAAGAAGCUUGAGGUUGAUAGCUCUUCAGUCAUAGAAAUAGAUUUUCUUCGUUCUGAUAUAUUUGAAGAGGUCCUGAACUACAUGUACACGGCAAAGAUUUCCGUGAAAAAAGAAGAUGUCAAUUUGAUGAUGUCAUCAGGCCAGAUUCUUGGUAUUCGAUUUUUGGAUAAACUUUGUUCUCAGAAGCGUGAUGUAUCUAGCCCUGAUGAAAAUAAUGGCCAGUCGAAAAGUAAGUAUUGCCUCAAAAUAAACCGCCCUAUUGGAGAUGCUGCUGACACUCAAGAUGAUGAUGUGGAAGAAAUUGGAGACCAAGAUGACAGUCCUUCUGAUGACACAGUAGAAGGCACGCCCCCAAGUCAGGAGGACGGCAAGUCACCUACCACUACACUCAGGGUCCAGGAAGCCAUUUUGAAAGAACUGGGGAGUGAGGAAGUUCGAAAGGUCAACUGCUAUGGCCAGGAAGUAGAGUCCAUGGAAACCCCAGAGUCAAAAGACUUGGGGUCUCAGACCCCUCAGCCCUUAACAUUUAAUGAUGGGAUGAGUGAGGUGAAGGAUGAACAGACACCAAGCUGGACAACAGCCGCCGGUGACAUGAAGUUUGAGUACUUACUUUAUGGCCACCAUCGGGAGCAGAUCGCCUGUCAGGCCUGUGGUAAGACAUUUUCUGAUGAAGGCAGAUUGAGGAAGCAUGAAAAACUCCACACAGCAGACAGGCCAUUUGUGUGUGAAAUGUGUACAAAAGGUUUCACUACACAAGCUCACCUGAAAGAACACCUAAAAAUUCACACAGGAUAUAAGCCCUACAGUUGUGAGGUGUGUGGGAAAUCAUUUAUCCGAGCCCCAGACUUAAAGAAGCAUGAGAGAGUUCAUAGUAAUGAAAGACCUUUUGCAUGCCACAUGUGUGACAAAGCCUUCAAGCACAAGUCCCACCUCAAAGAUCAUGAACGAAGACACAGAGGAGAAAAACCUUUUGUGUGUGGCUCCUGCACCAAGGCAUUUGCCAAGGCGUCAGAUCUGAAAAGGCACGAGAACAAUAUGCACAGUGAAAGGAAGCAGGUGACCCCCAGUGCUAUCCAGAGUGAGACAGAACAGUUGCAGGCAGCAGCCAUGGCUGCUGAAGCAGAGCAGCAGUUGGAAACAAUAGCCUGUAGCUAGAAAUGAGGGAACAGGAACACUUUGCCUGAGUCUAAGCCGCAAGACUGAGUGUGCAUUUUUCAUAAGAAAAGAACGCCAGUCGCCAGUCGCUGUAUUUUGUGGAACAUUGUGCUCACUGGACUUAGGGCAGAACUUGGUUGGGCUUUUAAAAAACUUUUCAAGGAAAUGUUCCUUGGUACUGACCAAACAGUUUCACUGUCCUGUCUAGUGUCUGGUAUUAAUGUUGCCAAUAAGCCCUCUUUUUUUUUUUUUUUUUUUUUUUUUUUAUGAUUUU